UUCUUCUCGUCAUUCUCAGACGAAGGAUCGAUCUGACAACAGCCCAAGACUUGACACAGAGUGACGCGAUUUACCGCGUCUUAUUCGAUAGAAUUUUUUUUUCUUUUUAAGUCUUACCUUAUAUUUUCCGUCGAGUUGCCGUCCUGUGAGAAUUUACAUCGAAAUUAUACAGGAUAAUCCAGGAGAGAGAGAGGAAGAAAGAAAGGAGAGAAGAAAUUCGGCGGGACCUGGCUGAAUAGAGGCAGGAAUCUUCAAAGAUGACCAACCCCCCGAGCCAGAUAGUCAUCAAAAAUCCGACAUGGUGGAGAAGGAGGACCCAGAUGGAAAGGGGUCUCAUCUUCAUGACCAUAUCGACCGCACUGCUGUGCAUCGUGCUCGUCGCCGCACUCGCCGUCACCUCCUACAAAGAAAUGGAAGAGCCUUUGCCGGCUAUGUCAGCUCUGAACAUGACCGAGGAGAAAAGCGCCAAGACUCCUCAGAAAAAACCUGAAAUAUGCCUCGACGAAGGAUGCGUCCAUGCCGCUUCUAUGGUCCUGGGAAACAUGGACAUGAGCGUCGAACCAUGCGAUGAUUUUUACCAGUUCGUGUGCGGUCAGUUUAGGAAGAGGUUCAUUCCGGAUCACAAAUCCGCUCUGAACUAUUUCAGCCUGAUUAGCGACAAGCUGGAAGGACAGUUGAGGGACAUACUGACGGAACCGUCGCUACCUGGUGAAAUACAGCCGAUAUACGACGCCAAGAGCCUCUACCAACUCUGCAUGAACGAGACGAAAAUCGAGAUGUACGGCACUGAACCGGUUCUCAAGCUGUUCGAACAGCUCGGCGGAUGGCCCGUCCUGGACGAGAACUGGGACAGAGACGGCUCAUGGAACUGGCGAGACACCAUCUACAAAUUCCGCGCCCACGGUUUCAGCGUCGAUUACUUUUUCGACUUUAGCAUAGGUUCCGACCUGAAGAACACCUCAUACAGGAUAAUAACUUUCGACCAACCCCCUCUCGGCCUGAGCAGGGAGUACCUUGUCCAAGGGAUGAACCACACCAAGGUGAAAGCCUACUACGACUACAUGGUCGACAUCGCUGUCCUAUUCAGUGCGGACGAAGCCCAAGCAAGAAAACAACUCAUGGAAUCACUCGAACUCGAGAUGCAGCUCGCCAAGCUUUCACUCCCUAGGGAGGAACGUAGGAACGCGAAUAAACUAUACAACAAGAUGACCCUGGGUAGUAUGAUGCUUAAAUUCCCGACGAUCCCUUGGAGAGAGUACGUCACAAGGCUACUUCCUCCGAUGUACGACAUCAAAGAAGAAGAACCCGUCAUAGUCGCGGUGCCCGAGUACAUAACCGGAGUGGAAAAAAUACUGGAGCAGACUCCAAAGAAGGUGCUUGCAAAUUAUCUUUUAUGGAGGGCGGCCAGUUCUACGAUCUUCUACCUACCGACUAGGUUCAGGGACAGACAGCAGAAGUACGCCAGGGCGACUUCAGGUUCGAAAAUGCGCCAACCGAGGUGGAUGGAAUGUUCAGGCCUUGCGGCAGGCAGUGUCUCCCUGGCUGUUUCAUCCCUCUACGUCGAACGGUACUUCAACGACGAGGCGAAGCAGAUGGCACUCGAUCUGGUCGACAGAGUAAAAAAAGAGUUUUUCCAUACUCUAGAGACCCUGGAUUGGAUGGACGAGGAGACGAGGAAAGCCGCUUUGGAGAAGGCCGGGUCGAUGGUGGCCCACAUCGCCUACCCCGAAGAGCUGAGGAACAAGAAGAAAAUCGUUGACUUUUACAAAGAGGUAUUUCUGCCAGCGAGACCUGUGCAGUCCAGCGUUCUUCCGACGGCGGAACGAGAUCUAAUGUCAGAAUUGUGUCUUUUCAAGCUGACCAUCGAUAGGGACGGCGACUACCUCCAGGCCAUACUCAACCUGACCACCUUCGGCACAAAUUACACCCUGAGCCAGUUGAGGGAGAAGAUAAACAAAACGGACUGGAUAUCCCAUUCGAAAGCAGCUGUCGUCAACGCCUACUACUCGCCGUUGGAAAACUCCAUCCAAUUCCCGGCUGGUAUCCUCCAGGAGAUCUUCUUCUCCGACAAGAGGCCCAGUUACAUGAACUUCGGCACGAUAGGAUUCGUGAUCGGCCACGAGAUCACACACGGUUUCGACGACCAGGGGAAACAAUUCGACAAAAACGGCGACUUGAUGGAAUGGUGGGCGGACGAGACGAAAACCAAGUAUUCAGAAAUGGCCCAGUGCAUUAUAAACCAGUAUGGCAACUACACGUCCAAACAGGUCAACAUGAAACUUAAUGGAAUCAACACACAAGGUGAGAACAUAGCAGAUAACGGAGGUCUUAAGCACGCCUACAGGGCUUAUCUAUCCUGGGUGGCCGACAACGGCGAAGAACCCAGACUCCCCGGGCUUCACCAGUUCACCCCUCUCCAGAUGUUCUGGGUGAGCACAGCCAGCUCUUGGUGUUCAGCGUUCAGGCCUGAAUCUCUGAGCAACCUGAUAACCACGGGUUAUCACUCGCCUCCUGAAUUCAGGAUACUUGGGCCGAUGUCCAAUCUGCCCGAGUUCGCCAAGGACUUCAACUGUCCACUGGGGUCGAGGAUGAACCCGGUGAAAAAGUGCGUGGUAUGGUAGCCAACGUGAUAAUUUGUUUUCUAAUAAAAUUAUAACUUAAAAAAAAUUAUUUAUAUUAUUUUUAUUAAAUGUAGUUCAAUUGUAGGUUGUCUUUUAUAUCAAUAGAGAUGUAACAUCAUGUUUAUCGUUCUAAGUUUAUUAAAAGUUGUUGUUUUUUUAAAA